CGCAUGACUGUUGAGAGGUCCAGGGUUCGAAUCCCGGUCCAGAUAGUAGACAUUUCGGAGAUACUCUUGAGGGUCUACCCCAGUAUUGGUUCUUCCCAGGAAAAAGGUCUUCGUGUGUAUUCGUGUUCUACAGGCGGCAUCAUAAAAAAGAAAACCUGGCUAUCCGUUCAAAGAGAGCUGAGCUAAGUUAACCACACAUGCUUGUAUCCAAAAAUAUAUAGGUGCAAAAUAAAUGCCGUAUGAUAAUAUAUACAUACAUUUUCUACGAUAUUUAUCUUUGAUAAAGGUUUCGUCGAAGCAACCUUUGCGCGGACUAUUCAAAGAGAUGGAGAAACGAGCACUGAUAAGGCAGUCAGAUGGACAGUUUCUAUCAUGAAAUUCAACAAAAAGGUCUGUGAAGGCGUUCAAGUCAGCAAGAAAUGGAUUCUCACGCUAAGCGACUGUGUAAAUACAAAAACACUGAAGAAAUAUAAAGUUGUUACGUACGAUGGCAAAGAAAGAGGAAUUAGAAGUAGUGAGAGUAGCACUGUAAAGAACAUGCUUGUUCUGCUUAAAAUGAAUGCUAAUUCUAAUGAUGAGCAAGACUAUCCUGGUAUAGCGGGGACUGACACUGCUAACAAAUACUACAAAGAAGCCCGUGUGUACAGCCCUGAUGGAUCGGAUACAUUUGUUUCGACUUCUGUUAGCUUUGUCUCUGAUGCUAAAUGUACUAAACAAGGAACUGCUGAAAGAUACAAUAAAAAAAGACACGACUGUUUUACAGCUGAGCCGGUUUCAAUCACUGAGUGUUCGCUUAAAUCUGGACAUCCGAUCUUUGGGGUUGUAAAGGAUGAAUGGCGUUUACUAGGGUUCUCAAUAUCAGAAAUUGAUAUAUGUGACGGCACCUAUAAGCAGGCAACAAUAGUCGAGCCACAUCAGUCAUGGGUAGAGGAAAUAUUGGCAGGUAAAUGA